AUGAUGCGCCCGUGCCUGCUCGCAGCGGCGGGCCUCUGCCUCCGCGUGGCCCGUGGGAGGGAAGCGCCCGUGAUGAACGAGGGUGGGAUCCCGUACGCCAUCAGCAAUGCUGCGCCCGGUGGGGAGUACUCCACGAAUUUCAACGUCAACGCCAUGGGCCCCGUGGAGCACUUUGACGUCUACGGGGAGAUCCGCACGAGGUACUCCGAGGUGUAUUGGACGAGGAAUGAACCCAUCAAUCUGCCACCAGACUUGGUGAAACGUUUCGACGGCAAGGUCAUGGCCAUUACCGGCUACGAAAUAGACCAGGUAACGCAUGCUGGUCCGCAGCCUGGAAGCACCACGACGGACACCAAGCUAGGAGGAUUUGCUUGCUACCCCGAAUGCCCUGGGACAGACAAGUCUGUCCCGAUCUAUCAUGCAUAUAAUCACCAUUACUUCAGCUGGCUUGUGGGCAAGAACGCAGAGAUGGUCAUCAGGGAUAAGCCAAGCAGAAUUCCCAACCCCACGUGGACUAGCUUCCGAGACAGACCAGGUGUGAAUUCGCAAUUUCCAUCAAGUAUCGUUUUCAAGGAAAACCCAGGAGGAGAAUUCAGGAAGAGUUACCACGGUUAUCCAGGUGGUUUCGCGCAAUUGGUGGAAUCGCCGCAGCAAUGGGUCGUCAACCCCAUGCAAAUUGACACGCACAAUCGGAAUGUUGACAUCACUGACGAAUCAGGUUACCAGCCAUGGUUUUUGCCGACGUCGCAACAGAAUCGCAUGACAGAUUUCAACAGCCGCCUGAGUCCCCUCAUCGAGUGCCCGUGCACCGACAGGGUCACGAGGAAGAUCGUGAACGAGAGCGGGAAGGAGAUGCACUACUGGGCCUACAUGAAUGGCACCUUCAAAGAGUGGGAGGGGUAUUCUUGCGAAGGCGAGCCGCGCAGCGACAUGGCUCAGGGUGGGGUCGGCACUGGCCCCCCCGGCCCCAACCCGGCCUGCAGCAUGGCGACCUACCACGGCGGGUUGCAGUGUUGCUGGCCGGGGUGGUUCUUGACAGACCUCGCCCAAGAAGCACUGAUCCCGGACAAGACCGACGUCUAUUUCCUGAAGUGGAGGUAUUAUCCGUAA